AUAAAUAAAGAUUGCUUAGAACUGUGAUAUAGACAGAAAUACAAGUAUAUAGUUAUGUAUAAAAAUAAAAAUAUAACUAUAUUUAAAUAUUCAGUCGUAUAUAAAAUCUGUUAGAGAAGAGAGAGUAACUAAGUGAGAGCCAGCGCGAGAGAGUUGCUAAAGAGACCAGGAAAUCAGGGAUUGGUGGCUGGCUUGUAAUGCCGAUUAUGAAACGAGCGUCAGACGAUUCGAAACUUCCUUCUCUCGCUUCUUUGGAGUCUAUAGGGAAGAGAAUAGCUGUUCAUAGAAGUGAAGGUUCUAUCUCCCCAAAUGCAACAGAUCUUCCAAAAUUGCCUAUAAAUUCAUUUGAUAAGGGCGUAACGGAAAAGAGAAGUUUUUUCCCCCUCUCUCGUCCAAUCGAUAAGGUAACGCCUUUUAUAAGUAUAUCUUUAGCUAGAGUAAGAAGAGAGCAUAAUAGCUUUAUUGUCUAACUGCGCGAAACAAAGACAGAAAAGAAUCCUAGCUAAAUUCAAUAUUCUUUGACUAGUUUUAAUAUCGAAAUAAAACAGAUUAAAAUAAUUGUUGCAUUCGGAUUUUCGGCCAAGUUAAAGCAGGCGUGACGAUUGCACAGCCAAACAUUUAAGAAUAAAACACUCUACACCCAAGCAAUUACCAGAAAAAUUAUUUCCAACAUUGAUUAACCUAGGAAAUGUUUCCAUUGGCUCUGCGGUCGUCGAAAUCGCCAAUUUACAAUGGUCUAGCAGAUAAGUCACAUAUAUCCAACCUAAUCGAGGUUAGAUAUAAAUCACAGAUUUAUUAUAUAUAAUUCAAGACAUAUAAUAAAAUAUUAUAAUGCGUUAAAUAUAUAAAUAUAUUUAUAUAGAUAUAAAGUUCUAUUAUUUUGAAUAAAGAUAUCUAAAUAUACUAUCUAUACUGUAUAAAUUAAUAUAUAUAUAUAUAUAUAUAUAACUUAUGAACGCAUAUACUUUAAUAUAUAUAUAUAUGUAUAAUAUAUUAGAUAUAUUACUUUCUUGCCGUUAAAUAUUGAUCUCUUUUUCUGAAUGAUCAGAAGUUGUAAGAAGAAAAAAAAAAGGCUUUGGCUGCCUUAUUAAAACCUAAUACUUUUUAAGCGCUGUUGUUAGCAGGUGCAAAAUGGUGAACGGGAAUUUAAUUCAAUAGCCCUACCCUUCCACUCUCAAUCCUUCAAGUUAGUAAAUAUUUUGCCCUUAAUAAUUCAAAUUAAUAACUCUUCCUUUUUUUCUAAAUAAUAUAAAUGAUUAAAGAAGCAGGGAAAUAUGUAGAAUCUCUCUUUCUUUCUCUCUCUAUCUCUCUCUCGCUCUUCCAAUAAAGUUGCUUUUAAUUUUUGUUUUAUAUCUUGUUUUUUUGUUUUUUCAAUUUCUUUUUCUAAAAUUGAAACGAAUAAAUAGGCCUAAGACUUUGGAAAAUGUUCGAGUGGUUGGUACCCCAAUGAAUCUUCCGACCGUCAAAAAGGAGACGAAUAAUAGUAAUUUGGAGUUAGAUGAGAAAAAGAACAGGUAUCCAACCUGUCGAAGAGCUUUUCCACGAUUUUUUUUAUGAGCACUAUUUUUUAUUGAGGAGGAAAGUUAUGUACUAACGAUAAGGCUAGUGCCUGUAAUAAAUUGCGUUAGAGGGUUCCUUUUUUUUCAAUUUUUUCUCCACUCUUUUAUUCUCUCUCUAUGAGCUUCAAAAGUCUAUCGACGAGUUACACUAAUGCCUUUUUUUUCUAAUUGUUAAUAAAGUUUUUAAUACGCUUGAUACUGAAUUAAACAAGAAUAUAUCGUUAUUAGGUCGUCGACUGUCGUUAAAAAGGUACCUUUAAUGAAUGCUCGACAUGGCGAUAUGUGGACUCAUCAGUUCGACGGAAGUAGCUUUGGCUCAAAAAAUCGGGAUAUGUUCCUAUUCAGAGAUAGGCAAGAAAUGGAAGAUAAAUGGAGCUAUCCAGAAGGGCUUAAUUUUAGUCAACGAGACAGAAUUGAAGCUGAAAAGGAGUAUAAAGAAAAGAUGAAGCUGUGGAGAAGGAGGAGGGAGAUGAUGUUGCAUAGGUUGCCAAUUGAUAUGUUACUUGGGGGUACUAAAGUGGUUAUGACAGAGAGGAUGGAUAUUUUGGGGGAAAUUCGCCGUCUGAAGCAGGUAGAAUUACCUACAAGAGCGAAAGAUUUAUACGUUGGUCGCGGUAUUAGACUCCCACCUGAUCACACUAUUAAUAGACCUAAACAUAAACUACCAAUUGCCAAUUCUUAUGCAAAGCCUUCGCCCGCUCCCUUAAAGUUUCCAGAGCCAUCACCCCCAACUGAAAAAGUGGAAGAGUUUACUAGAGAACAGGGAACUAAGGAAGAGGAACAAGUAUCUCAAAACGAUCACUAUCCCAAUCAGAAAAAGGGUACACUUUUUCCAAAUCCUACCCCUUCUCCACCAUCUCCUCCUCCUCCUGUUGAAAAAGUACCGAAACCUUUAAAAGGCUUUGCGGAUUAUACAAAAUUAGUGGAUGCAGAGCAAUUGAUUCAGCUACAAAAGACUUUUAAGCGUCUAGACUCAGAUGCCGACGGCCACGUUCAAUUUGACAAAAUUGAGAAGGAAUAUUUAAAUGAUAUGACAAAGCAACAAAUUAAAUAUCUUCGACAUAUUUAUCAAGUAGAAUCUGAAACGACCUUUUUCGGCGAAAAGGAAUUCGUUCCAUUCUUUAAACUAAUUGAGACAAUUAGAAACCUGGAAAAAACAUUCUCUAAUUCAUUCGACACCGUAAACUUUGAUCAAUUAGAGGAGGAAAUCUCAAAAUACAUGGCUUUAUUCUUAAAAGUCGAUGUUGAAGGAAAAGGUGAGGGAAAACUGGAUGAUUUAUGCAGAUUGUUAGCAGAAUUAGACAGACUAGAAAUGGAUUCUGAAGGUUUACAAUUAUUGAAGACUUCGUUCAAGGUGAUAGAACUGUUUAAUUAA